AUGGCUGCCAACAACAUGCGGAACCCCGCUGUUGACCCCAACACGGAGGAUGCAGUGUUCGCUCAGGAGGUCGAGCAGGUGAAGAAGUGGUGGAGCGAUUCCAGAUGGAGAUACACCAAGAGACCUUUCACGGCCGAGCAGAUCGUGUCAAAGAGGGGCAACCUGAAAAUUGACUAUCCCAGCAGUGCCCAGGCAAAGAAGCUGUGGAGUAUCCUCGAGGGACGCUUCCAGACUGGCGAUGCCAGCUACACUUAUGGCUGCUUGGAGCCCACAAUGGUGACUCAGAUGGCCAAGUACCUUGAUACCGUCUACGUAUCUGGCUGGCAAUCAUCAUCAACUGCCUCUGCGUCAGAUGAGCCUGGUCCGGAUCUGGCUGAUUACCCCUACACCACCGUCCCUAAUAAGGUUUCUCACCUGUUCAUGGCACAGCUCUUCCACGACAGGAAACAGCGACAAGAGCGCCUCACGACACCCAAGGCGCAACGAGCAAAGCUGGCUAACAUUGACUACCUGCGACCAAUCAUUGCUGACGCCGAUACUGGUCACGGUGGUCUGACAGCCGUGAUGAAGCUCACCAAGCUGUUCGUCGAGAAGGGUGCCGCGGGUAUUCACAUCGAGGACCAGGCCCCGGGUACGAAGAAGUGUGGCCACAUGGCUGGCAAGGUGCUGGUCCCCAUCAGCGAGCACAUCAACCGUUUGGUUGCCAUCCGAGCUCAGGCCGACAUCAUGGGCUCUGAUCUGCUCGCCAUUGCCCGAACCGAUGCCGAGGCUGCGACACUAAUCACAACCACGAUUGAUCCACGAGAUCAUGCUUUCAUCAUUGGCAGCACAAACCCCAACCUGCAGCCAUUGAACGACCUCAUGAUUGCCGCAGAGCGCGCAGGCAAGACCGGCGACGAGCUGCAGUCGAUCGAGGACCAAUGGCUGAAGCAGGCGAACCUACUGCGCUUCGACGACGCCGUCGUGCACGCCAUCGAGACGGGCACCUUCACGGACAAGAAGGCGCUUAAGGCGCAGUACCUGCAGGAGGCCAAGGGCAAGAGCAACAACGAAGCGCGCGCCGUGGCCCGCGGCGUCCUGGGCGUGGACAUCUUCUUCGACUGGGACGCCCCGCGGACGCGCGAGGGCUACUACCGCCUCAAGGGCGGCUGCGACUGCGCCAUCAACAGGGCCAUCGCCUACGCGCCGUACUGCGACGCCAUCUGGAUGGAGAGCAAGCUGCCCGACUACAAGCAGGCCGAGGAGUUUGCCCAGGGCGUGCAUGCCGUCUGGCCCGAGCAGAAGCUGGCAUACAACCUCUCGCCCUCCUUCAACUGGAAGACGGCGAUGCCGCGCGCCGAGCAGGAGACGUACAUCCGCCGGCUGGCGAAGCUCGGCUACUGCUGGCAGUUCAUCACGCUGGCGGGCCUGCACACGACGGCGCUCAUCAGCGACCAGUUCGCCAAGGCGUACUCGCAGAUCGGCAUGCGCGCGUACGGCGAGCUGGUGCAGGAGCCCGAGAUGGACGGCGCCGUCGACGUCGUCAAGCACCAGAAGUGGAGCGGCGCGACCUACGUCGACGAGCUGCAGAAGAUGGUCACCGGCGGCAUCAGCAGCACGGCGGCCAUGGGCAAAGGCGUUACUGAAGACCAGUUCCAUUGA